GCACAUUUGCUGACAACUAGGCUAUAACUGGAGAGAGCAUUCCUCAACACCAGUCACAGUGGAGGCGGCGGUUUCUCCCAUGCACACAGCCCACUCCACGCUUUUGGUGCACUCCAAAGGGGCGAAGGAGGAGGACGACGGCGGCGUGUUGUUCCUUAAUGAGUCUCUGAUUUCUUCAUUUUCAUCGUAAUCUGGAUUAAAGAACGGCUUGUAUUUUGGGCGUGUUUCAAGGCGAGAGCUGCGAUGUCGGAGUUUCUGGUGAAUCUACUCGGAGAGCGGCUCGUCAACAGUGAGAAAGCCGAGGUAGAUGUGCAAGCACUGGGCAGCAAGCUGUCUCUGGUCGGGCUGUACUUCGGUUGCAGUUUAAAUGGCCCUUGCAAGCAAUUCAACACCAGCCUGUGUGAGUUUUACAGUAAGUUCAAGAAAACAUCGGAACACAAAGACAAAUUGGAAAUCGUCUUCAUCUCGUCUGAUCAGGACCAGAAACACUGGCAGGACUUCUUACAAGAGAUGCAGUGGCUGGCGUUGCCUUUUAAAGACCGACACAAAAAGAUGAAGCUGUGGAACAAGUACAAGGUGACCAGUAUCCCCUCGCUGGUGUUUGUGGACGCGGCCACGGGGAAGGUGGUGUGUCGGAACGGCCUGCUGGUGGUGCGAGAUGAUCCAACAGGUCUGGAGUUCCCCUGGGGGCCCAAGCCCUUUGCAGAGGUGGUGGACGGACCCCUGCUCCGGAGCAACAUGCAGACGACAGACUGCAGCGGCCUGCAGGGCGCCUAUGUCGGAGUCUACUUCUCAGCGCACUGGUGCCCCCCGUGCCGCAGUCUCACUCGGGUGCUGGCGGAAUCGUAUCGUAAAGUGAAGGAGUCUGGGCAGAAGUUUGAGAUAGUGUUCGUCAGCGCCGAUAGGUCGGAAGACUCGUUCACACAGUACUUUAGCGAGAUGCCCUGGCUGGCCAUCCCCUACUCGGACGAGGCCCGGCGGUCACGACUCAACAGGCUCUACGGGAUCCAAGGUAUCCCCACCUUGAUCCUGCUGGACACAGAGGGUCACAUGAUCUCGCGGCAGGGCCGGGUGGAGGUGCUGAACGACCCGGAGUGCCGGCUCUUCCCGUGGCACCCGCGGCCGGUGCUGGAGCUGAGCGAGUCCAACGCCGUGCAGCUCCACGAGGGGCCCUGCCUGGUGCUGUUUGUGGAUGCUGAGGAGGAGGGCGAGCUGGAACCGGCUAAAGAACUCAUCCAGCCCAUUGCAGAGAAGCUGAUGGGCAAAUACAAGGCCAAGGAGGAGGAGAGCCCACUGCUCUUCUUCGUCGCUGGAGAGGACGACAUGAGUGACUCGUUGCGCGACUAUACCAACCUGCCCGAGGCGGCGCCCCUGCUCACCAUACUGGACAUGUCGGCCCGCGCCAAAUACGUGCGAGACGUGGAGGAGAUCACCCCCGUCGUGGUGGAGCAGUUUGUCACCGACUUCCUGGCCGAGAAGCUCAAGCCGGAGCCUAUUUAAGCGCACAACGGAACGUGGGAUGGCACGAGACACAGAACAUGACCUUUAUCAACUCAUCGCCAUAGAUUACCCCCCCCCCCUCCCUUCCGAGCCUACAGUCAUUUCAAGUCCCCCCAGAGCUGACAUCUCCAUCAACCCUGACGACCCUCAUUCUUCCAGACUGUUAAAGAGCCUAACUUUAUACUUUGUUUUUUGUUACUUUUCCCAAUCAGUCCUCUCCCUCUCUCCUGUGGUGCCUUGCGUUGAUGAAUUGAUGACUGCCCCAACAGUAAAGUACAGAUAUACCGUUACUUCUUUUAGCACCCUUGAAGUUUGUUUGCCUCUCCUUUCCCUGGUGUUUCAUGAUGAGAAUUGCUUGAUGAAAUCCCACAAAGACCCAAUGGACUUGAAUUUCAAAUGUUGCAAAUGUGCUUUGGCUUUUUUUUUGUAUCAAUGUGACUUCACGCCUUUUAUUUUAGGUAUGUCCCGUAAAAGAAUAAAAUGAUUAUAAACAGA